AUGGCCGAGGAGCUAGGUUACGACGUGCACCCGGGAACCAACUCCGUGGAACUCGCGGACGGGGAACCAUCCAAGAUCGGCGGCACCAUGACCCUACCUGUAAGGAUCGGGAAGGACCAGCUCUCCCAUGACUUUCUGGUCAUGCCCUCGGCCAGGAGCGCGAUGCUGGUUGGCGUUGACCUGUGGGCCAGGACACGAAUCCAAUUGUCACCGCCACCCCGGAACCUGGCAAGUCGACAAAAUCCAACCUGCGGAGCUACGACCCAGGAGCUGGCCACACGCACGCCCAAGGAAAAGCAACGACUCCAAGCGUUCCUCGACCACGAACUCACCCUAUUCCAGGGGGUCACGGGCCCGACCGACCGAAUGACCCACCACCUGCGGGUCACGACCAGCCGACCGAUCAAACAACGAUACCGACCUCGAAACCCGGCCAUGCAGGCCAUCAUUAACAAAGAGGUCGACAAAAUGGAACGGGAGGGGGUAAUCGAACCCUCUCACUGGGCAUGGAGCUCCCCCGUGGUACUGAUACGGAAAAAGGAUGGGUCGUAUCGGUUCUACAUCGACUUCCGCCGAGUGAACGAGGUAACGGAGAAAGAUGCGUACCCACUGCCCCAAGUGGCAGCCACGCUGGACAAGCUACGAGGGGCCCGCUACCUAUCCACCCUGGAUCUUCGAAAUGGAUACUGGCAAGUGCCCUUGUCGCCCGAGAGCCGCCCGGUCACUGUCCCCGGUAAGGGGCUCAUGCAGUUCCGGGUAAUGCCGUUCGACCUCCACUCCGCCCCGGCUACGUUUCAAAGUGGACGAGGUCCUGGGACCCGAAUUAGAGCCCCACGUCCUGGUCUACCUAGACGAUAUUGUCAUCAUCAGCCGAACCUUCGACGAGCACCUCCGGUUAUUGGCCGAGGUCUUCCACCGCCUCCGGGAAGCCAAACUCCGCCUGAACCCCGACAAGUGCCAUUUUUGCCGAGAUCAAUUGCGGUACCUGGGCCACCUCGUGGAUCAAAACGGCAUACGAACAGACGCGGACAAAGUCAGCGCCGUGGCAGGGUGCCCGGCCCCGACGACGCACCGCUCACCCGCUUGACACGCAAAGGGGCUAAGUGGAGUUGGGGCCCCGACGAGGAGGGCGCCUUCCGCCAACUAAAAACUGCACUGACCUCCGCCCCGGUCUUAGCCUGCCCGGACUUCAGCCGCCGAUUCAUCCUGCAGACCGACGCCAGUGCAGUCGGGCUAGGCGCAGUAUUGACGCAGCACCAGGAGGACGGCGAGCGAGUAAUCACCUACGCCAGCCGUACCCUUAACGGCGCCGAAAAAAAUUAUAGCGCCACCGAGUUGGAGUGCCUCGCGGUCGUCUGGGGCAUCCGGAAGAUGCGAGGGUACCUGGAGGGAUAUGCUUUCACCGUCGUGACCGACCACCAAUCCUUGCGAUGGCUACAGCGGCUAGAAGAACCGAACGGCCGGCUGAGCCGCUGGAUGUUCGAACUCCAGCAGUUCGGCUUUGACGUCCGCUACCGGAAGGGGAGUGCGAACAAGGUCGCGGACGCUCUCUCCCGCCAGCCCGAGGUUCGCAAAAACAAUCGCCCGCAUGGCCCGGUUAUUCUGCUGGCCCGGGAUGUUCCAAGACAUCACCCGGUAUGUACGGUAGUGCCCGACCUGUCUCGCGCACAAAGCCUCGCCGAUGAAGCCGGCCGGGAAGCUCCAUACGGCCCCAGUCACCGCACCCUGGCGACAAGUCACGCUCGACCUCGUGGGCCCCCUGCCGCGGUCCCUGCAGGGCCACGCGUGGCUGCUGGUCAUGCAGGAUCGAUUCACCAAAUGGGUCGAAUUGAAGCCACUACGCCGGGCCACCGCUCCCGUCGUCACCAAGGCCCUCGUAGAUCGGAUCAUCUACCAACACGGCUGUCCGGACCAGAUCAUCUCCGACAACGGCACCCAGCUAAGAUCCGACCAGUUGGAGGGGGUGCUCCGAGCCUUCCGGAUAGAGCACCGAACCACGCCGGUGAGAGCACCCCACUGCAACCCAGUGGAACGCACCGGACGCUGAAGACGAUGAUCGCCCAAUACGUGGGCAAGAACCACCGACGAUGGGACGAGCAGAUCGCCCCAUUGCAGUUCGCAUACAACGCGGCCCGGCAUGAGGCCACCGGAUAUACCCCGGCCUAUCUGAACUGCGGGAGGGAACUCGCACUUCCGCAUCCGGAGGACCGAAGGCACACGGCGAACGAGGCCCCGCACCAUACGAGACGCCGGCUGGAGGAGGCCUACGAGGUGGAGCGCAUAAACCUAGCCCGAGUGUUCCAGCGCCAAGAAGCACAGUAUAAUCUCCGCCGCCGAGCGUGGCGACCCAGCAUCGGCGACCUCGUGUGGAAGCGAGAAUACCCACUCUCCAAGAAGGCGACCGGCUUCAAUGCCAAGCUCGCCCCGAAAUAUACCGGCCCGUGGGAAGUGCGGAAAAUCCGGUCACCCGUUAUCGUGGAUCUACGCGACACCCGUGGGAAAUGGCAGCGACACAUCCACGUGCAGGAUCUCAAAAACACGCCCCGCGAAUCCCCCCGCCAGACACCGACCGAGGACGACGCGGAACCCGAGGCGUAA